AUGGACGGGCUGUUCGCGCUGGAGCUGCUGGUGGAGGCGGUGCGGGUGGCGGGGCCGGGACCCGCGGAGCACCCGGGACCCCCGGAGCACCCGGCCGUGGCGCUGCGCCUCUUGGACUUCCCCACCCUGGUGCUGCGCCCCGCCGCCGCGCCGCCCCUGCGGCCGGGGCAGCCCUUCCCCUUCGGCCGCGGCAAGCGCUGCCUGUUCCGCUGGCGCCGGGGCUCGCUCAGCGUCGCGCUCCGUCGCCGCCCGCUCCGCGCACUGCUCCUGGCGCUGCCCGCCGGGCUGGCCCCGGGGCCCCCCCGCCUCCUCGGCAGCUGCGCCGUCCCCCUUGCCCCGGCCGCCGCCGAGCUGCUGCACCGGCCCGGAGCGCCCGCUUCGUGCGGCCGCCGCGGACGCUUCGCGCUGCGGGACACCGCGGGCCGCAUCGUCGGCGAGCUGGUCCUGGGCUACCGCCUCACCUGCCUGGAGGGCGGCGAGGAACCCCCCGCGGCGAGCCCCGCAAGCCCCCGCGCUGCCACGCCGCCUGCCACCUCCCCUGAGCCGGGGGGCCAGGAGGAGGAGGAGAAGGAGAAUGAGGAGGGGGAGAGUGAGGAGCUGGAAGGCAACGUGUUUUGCCCUCCGCUGCUCUAUUACAGCCGUGAGCCGGCUGAGCCUCAGCGGCCGCAAGCACCAGCGGCCGCGGCGCAAUGGGAGCACGUCGAGGUCAGGAGAUCACAGGAGAAAGACAAGGGCCGGAGCCCCCCGCGUCCCAGUGCCGGCCCCUCGUUGCUGCACCCCGCCAGCCCUCGACAGCACCACAACAACACCCUGGGACAGCUGCCGCUACUCAGGGCCUUGCUGGCAGAGCUGUCGGUGCUCACCCAGAGCGCUGUGCCAGCUGCUGCUGACCACCCACAUCUUGCCUGGCUUUACCAGGCCCCGGGGAGUGGUAGCAGGGCCUCACGGCCCCUCAGCCCUUCCGCUGCCCUCAAGCCUGCAGAGGCACCUGUGGGGCCUGGUGGGAGCAGCGGAGCUGUGAGCCCCCAGUUCAAACAAGACAGGCAAGAGGCCACCCCACCAGUGUCUUCUGGUGCUGGAAGAGGACCUAAGAAAGCUGUGCCCCAGGGAAAGCCAGCUGCUGAAAGGAUCUGCAAAGCUAAGGAGAACAGACCUCCCAGAAAGAAAUUGUUGUAUGGGCUGACAAAUACACUGAGGCUACGGCUGCAGCAGACCAACCCCGAUAAGCUGAUAAUUCAUGAAAGGAGGGAGAAGUACAGAAAAAGGCAAAUGGAGAUGCUGAAGGAGAGAAGCCCGUUACUCAACAGAAAGCUGCUCAGAAAUGCUGGAGGACAGCAUGUGGUUUCUUGCAAGCGUUGUAGCAAAGGCAGUUCAAAGCAGAAUAAUCAGUUGGAUAAAACUGUCCAGACUUCAUUAGAAAACAGUGUUCUCCCAGAGUCCAUUUCUGUGACAGGAGAUGGGUGCCCUGACCUGCAGGAACAGACUAUUGCAAGUCUACAGAAGAAGGAUGCAAUUACGAGCAAGGAACAUCCAUACAAAGUAACUACAGCCCCCUUACUGGAGGCAACUGUGUUAAAAUCUGCUCAGGAGGAAAAGCAUGCGAAAGCUCAGGUCCUAGCAGCAUUCCCAUCAGAUGCUAAUGCAAAGGGAAGUAAUGAAGCAAUACACUUAAUCCAUCCUGAAACCAGAGAGCAUGAUGAUGCAUCUGUUAUAAGUGGUCAUAAACCAAGCCUCAGCGGGAGUGCUGAAAACAACUCUGAAUUCAUAUACUCAGAUGACUUUGUUGCUAGUCCUGAGAACACAGUUUAUUCCGAAGAUUUCACCAGUGCUGACUGUACAGACAAAGAUUCUGAAGCUCUUGACAGCAGUCCUGAACCUCUGUGUCUUGAAAGGCCAAAGCAAGGUGGGUCAGAUACAGAUCCAGAAUCUUGCAGGUCUAGAAUUUCAAAGACAAGUCAAAGAGCUGAAAGUAUUUCAGAUCUCAUGCCAGUUCCUUCAGCUUCAUCUCCAGUCCAGUCUUUAAGGAGAAACCGUGACUUUAAAACCAGCAAAAGAACGAGUCCUGAAUCCUCUGACUCACUUAACCUCGCUCAGAUGGAGGCAUCAUUAUUAGAUGAAGAGGAGAAAGCCCAACAGAUCAGUAAGGAAGAAAACAGGGGUGAUCAGCAUAUUAAACCAAUAUCUACAAGCAAACAAGUUAAAUCUGCUACUGAUCUGAAUAUAGGAAAGGGGAGGACCUGUGCAAGAGAAAAGCAGUCAGUAACUAAAGUUAGCUCUUACUUGCCGUCUAACGUGUCUGAUCUUGAACUUAGUGUCCUGGAAAACAGUAUGUCAGACAACAAGGAGGAUUUUCUGGGAAAACUACAUGCUCCUAAUCAGUACAAAGACAUCAGUGAACUUGUAAUAAACAAGCUCCCAGGAUAUACAAUGUAAUUAGAAGUUUUCACUAUCUGGUUUAAGAUAUGAUAUUUAAACUUUAUAAGGACUGUUACAUUUAGCUGCAAUAUAGACAAGAUAAUUUAAGACUUUAUCAUGUACAUUUAGCACAUCAGUGAAUUUAGUUAAGAGGUUUUUGAAAUAAACUACUGUUUGAAUCUCUAACAAAUGGCUUAAGUGGUACCUACACCUGACUUAAGUGUCUUAACUCAAAAGUAAUCCAAACAGGACAGGAAACAUAACUUACUGUCAAAGCAGAGAGUAAAGACACAAGCAGCAAAAGCAGUCAGCACCCACAAAACUUGUCCAGGGUAGAAGUAAUGCCUUGCUACAGAAACAGCCAAGUACAAAAUUCCUUCCUAACCAAACAUAAGUUUUUAUUCCUCAUGAAAAUAGUUCUGUGCUUCGUUUUCUUUACAAGUAGUUACUUUAAACAUAAAGAGUCACAGCUCUAUACAUUAUCGGCUAAUCUGUAUAACGAUGUAUUUGCUUCCCUGUCCUAUCACUAAAUAUAGUGACCAGAACUAGAUAAUCCCUU